GUCGUAAACCGACCGGCACUGUCGUGAGAACCACAUGGCAGCAACAUGUUUACCACUGUGAAGCUGUAACGACAAUUUUCCCAAAGUGUUUUUUUUAUUUUUAUUAGAUUUUUUUUGGGGGGGGGAGGGGGGCAUUCUUAAGUUAGAUGCGUUUGGUAGAUAAAACGUAUCGUUCCUCAGCUCUCAUAUGUAGCGCGCAAAUCGCGCUUAGCAUUGGGUUGCGUCGCGUGCUCCAGUCUGCACCAUGUUUGUGUUAGUGGAGAUGGUGGACACAGUCAGGAUCCCUCCGUGGAACUUUCAAAGACAGCUCAACGAGGCUGUGUCCGAGGAGCUGAACAAAAAACUGGCCAAUAAGGUGGUCUACAAUGUCGGUCUAUGUAUCUGCUUGUAUGACAUCACGAAACUGGAGGAUUCGUACAUUUUCCCAGGGGAUGGUGCUUCACACACAAAAGUUCAUUUCAGGUAUGUUGUUUUCCACCCGUUUCUGGACGAGAUACUGGUCGGCAAGAUCAAGUACUGCAGUCAGGAGGGUGUUCAUGUGACCAUGGGCUUCUUUGAUGACAUUCUCAUCCCGCCAGAGUCUCUUCAGCAACCCACUAAAUUCGAUGAAGCUGAGCAAGUUUGGCUUUGGGAGUAUGAGACUGAUGAGGGAGCACAUGACCUCUACAUGGACCAGGGAGAGGAGAUUCGUUUUCGAGUGGCGGAUGAGAUAUUUGUGGAUACUUCACCAACGGGCCCUACCACUGACGCGCCACCCGCCCAACCUGGGCAGGCGACGGCACCACCACCUGCACAAGAUACCGGCGAGAAGAAAGAUGCGCCAUAUACUCUGAUAGGGACCAUUUGUGAGCCAGGACUGGGGCUACUGUCAUGGUGGAACAAUUAGCAGGAGGAAGAGGAGAACAUUGGACAAUCAUCGUUUGUCAGGAAGACCUUGUGUCUGGAUCAAAACUUGAUUUUUGAGACUAAAAAUAGACAUUGGUGACAGAAAUAACUGAGGUGUCGUGCUGAGGAAAGAUCAUUUGGGUAAUACCCACUGAAAAAGACUUGGUGUUAAUAUGUCAUAUAAAGACAAUGAUCCAUGAGUAAGCGCUUUUAUUUGGUAGAUUUCGCAUUGGACAGCAUUUCCCUAAUCAAUGAUAAAUGAGUCAUGAAGUAAA